AUGAAGGAUCUGAUAGAAAAGCAGAAGAACAGGCUCAAGCAAAAGGUAGAUGAAUUGGAGACGAGACUCAAGACGGAAUCCGACGCCAGGGAUGAAAUGGAGAGCGAGGCUCGUAAGGCCAAGCUCGACCUCAGGCGGAUGGAGCGCGAACUGAAGGCCGCUGUUGAAGAUAGGGACAUGUUGGAGAAGGAGGUCAAGGAAAAAAGAGAUGAAAUCAGGAGCCUCAAGCGCAAAAUAGACGAGUUGGAGUUCAACCAGCCCUCGAUCAACUCUCGCACCUCCUCCCAACGCCCUGGCACCACUGAGGACUCAGCCGAGGUCAAGGCAGAGCUGGAGAAGCUCAAGAAGCAGCUGGCGGCCGAGACCAAGGCGAAGGAAGAGCUGCAGGAACAGCUGAACGCUGCCUCGAGCAGGCGAGGCGCCUCGGAGCGGGACGUCGGGCGAGGCACGAGGGAGCUCGACAAGCUGCAGCGCGACCUGGACGACGCCAACAAGCGACACAAGGAGACCGAGAAGGAGAAGCAGGAGGCGCUGGACAAGGUGCGCGAGCUGGAGGCCAAGGUGCGCGAGGAGAAGAGGCUGAAGCUCAGCAUCGAGGACGAGCUCGACACGCUCAAGCGCGCGGCCCAGCGCGCGGAGCGCGAGGAGAGCCGGGCCAGCAGCCGGCGGGGCGCCAGGGAGGACCGCGAGACGCAGGAGAAGCUGGAGCGACUCGAGAAGGAAUCCAAGGAAUGGGAGCGCAAGUAUCAGGAGGAGCGCAAGGCCAAGGACGAGGAGCGACGCAAGCGAACCGACGUCGAAGACGAGGUGCGGCGGCUGGAGCGCGAGCGCGAUCGGGAGAAGCGGCGGGAGAGCUACAGCAGCUCCAGGCGUCGGCCCGGCGGCGACGACGAGUCGGAGAAGAAGCUCGCCGAGCUCACCCAGGAGGUGGAGAAGCUGAAGGCCGAGAAAGAAACGCUCACCAAGGAGGCCGCCCAGACCAAGGCCGAGCUCGAGGAGGAGUCGCGCAAGCGCAAGGAGGAGGAGGAGAAGAGCGCCGAGCUCGAGGAGGAUAUCACCGACAUGGAGAAGAAGAUCAAGAGCCUCAUGGAGAAGGUCGCCCAGGCCUCGCAGGCUUCGGCGGCCCCGGCGGCGGCGGCCAACAACCCCGAGCUGGAGAAGACCGUGGAGAAGCUCAAGAAGCAAAACGAGCAGCUGAAGAACGAGCUCACGAUUCUCGAGGGCGACCUGGAGGAGGUCGAGAAGAAGAGCGCCAAGGCGGACAAGGAGAAGAAGGCCAUGCAGAAGGGGAUCGACGAGAUGGAGGAGGAGAACGAGCGCCUCAGGCGCGAGAAGAUGAAGCUCAAGAAGGAGGUCGAGACCCUGCUGCUCGACGACAGCGGCGGCAGCGACACCAAGGUGAGCGUGCUCAUGGCCGAGGUCGACGAGCUCAAGGAGAAGCUCGAGCUCGAGGCCGAGGAGCGCACCGAGGCCGAGGCCCUGCACAAGCAGGAGAUGCAGCUCAUCGAAGACGAGAAGCUCGAGCUCGAGUCCGAGCUGGCCACGCUCAAGAAGAAAGUGCAGGAGGAUCGCGCCAAGCUCCAGGAGGAGAUCGAACAGCUGGAAGAGCAGCGCGAUAAGCUGCUCAAGGAGGUCAAGGCGCUCAAGAGCGGCAGCGGCGCCGCCGUGUCCGCGUCGCCCACACAGUCGCCCCACGGCAGCCAGCGCGGUGCCAGCAGCGGCUGCGACGAGGACGAGAAGGAGGACGACUUCGCCAAGGAGAAGACCGUCGAGCGGGAAGGCAGCGGCCGGGAGAGCGCCGUCGGCAAGAGCUCGCCCCUUGGCCGCGGUGCCAGCAGCCGAGCCAGCAAGGAGCCCAAGAAGCCCGAGAAGCCGCAGAAGAAGGUGCUGAUCCAGCUCAAGGGCAAGAACAGGAUCCACGUGCGGCAGGUCGAGCUCUCGAGCAAGACCCUCAACAAGGCCGACGUGUUCAUUCUCGAUCUCGGCGACAGGAUCUACGAUUGGAACGGCGCCGCCGCCGACAGGAAGAAGCGAGAGAAGGGCGUGGAAGUGGCCAACCGUCUGAGCGAGGAGAAGCGAAAGCGAGCCGUGGGCAAGAUCAAGAAGCCCGAAAUCAUCAUCUUGGAGGAUGGCCACAUGGAGCCGCCGAAGGACUUCUGGGACGCGCUGGGCGGCAGGCCCGACAGCAUCCCCACGGCCCCGCCGGGCGACGACGAGAAGAUGGAGAAGCAGUGGGAGGCGGCCGACAAGCUCUACAGGGUCAACCCCGGUAACGAGCUGUUCCCCAUCGACAGCAAGUUCACCAAGGCCAAGCUGGACACCAAGUUCAACUUCAUCUUCGACUGUCACGAGGAGAUGUACUACUGGUGUGGCAAGGCAACGGACAAGAACAGGCGCGAGGAGAACAUGAAGAAGGCCAAGGAGCUGUUCGCCAAGAAGACAGACCGUCCCAAAUGGUCGACGCUCAAGAAGAUCAACGAGGGCAUGGAGCCAGUACUGUUCCAGGAGAAGUUCCACCAGUGGUUCACCACCGACUCCCGGUCAUCGAAGAGGGCCUCGUCUCGGGCCUCUCCGGCUGCGGGCAAUGAGAUGCGCGAGGAGGGCAGCGUCGAUCAGAUCCUGAAGGAGUACGAGAAGACCUACACCCACCAGCAGCUCAAGGACGGCGACUACCCGGCGUCCCUCGACACAACGAAGAAGGAGGCGUAUCUCUCGGAAGCCGAGUUCCAGAGCGUGCUUGGCAUGUCGAAGGCCGAGUUCAAGAGACAGCCCAAAUGGAAGCAGGACCACUUGAAGAAGGAAAAGGAACUCUUCUAG